AUGGCAAGUAGUGCAAAAGAAAAUUUAAUUCAAUUUGAAAAAGUAAAUAAUAUUCAAGAAAUAACAGCAGCUGAUGAAAUCUAUGCAUAUGAUGCUAGUUUUCAACAAUCAAUUUUACAAACUCGACCAUGGUUACAAAAUCCAAAUUAUUUUAAACGAUGUAAAAUCUCAGCUUUAGCUUUAUUAAAAUUAGUUAUGCAUGCUCGAUCAGGUGGUACACUUGAAGUUAUGGGUAUGUUAUUAGGAAAAAUUGAUGGUGAAAAUAUGAUUGUUAUGGAUUCAUUUGCUUUACCAGUAGAAGGAACAGAAACUCGUGUAAAUGCUCAACAAGAAGCAUAUGAAUAUAUGAGUUCAUAUACAUUAUGGGCUAAAGAAGUUAAUCGUCCAGAAAAUGUUAUUGGAUGGUAUCAUUCACAUCCCGGUUAUGGUUGUUGGUUAUCAGGUAUUGAUGUUGAUACACAAAUGCAAAAUCAACAAUAUCAAGAUCCAUUUGUUGCUAUUGUGGUUGAUCCAACACGAACAAUAUCUGCUGGUAAAGUUAAUAUUGGUGCAUUUCGUACAUAUCCAAAAGGACAUAAAGCUGAAAGUGAAGCUAUUGAAUAUCAACCAAUACCAUUAAAUAAAAUUGAAGAUUUUGGUGUUCAUUGUAAACAAUAUUAUCCACUUGAAGUAUCAUUUUUUAAAUCAUCACUUGAUAAACGUCUUCUUGAACAUUUAUGGAAUCGUUAUUGGGUUAGCACACUUAGUACAUCAACAUUAUUAACUAAUGCUGAUUAUAUAACGGGUCAAAUAAAUGAUGUAGCUGAUAAACUUGAACAAGCUGAAAGUCAUUUAGGACGAACAAGUUUUUUACCAUUACCUGAACAAGAUCGAAAACAAGAUGAUAAAUUAGCAAAAGCAGCAAAAGAUUGUACAAAAACAGCUGUAGAAGCAGUUAAUUCAUUAAUGUCACAAUUAAUCAAAGAACGUUUAUUCAAUCAAAUUUUUCGUAUAAAUACUAUGAGUCAUAACUCGUAUAAAUUACUAAAUAAUUCAACAGAUAAACUUGAUGUGGAUCCACCUGUUACAAUGAAUAAUACAUUGAGAAAAAGAUUUAUUCAAAUAACAUUUGCUGUUAUACUUUAUUGGUUUAUUUCAAUAACAAUGGUUUUUUUAAAUAAAUAUUUACUUAGUUCAAAUGAUGUAAAACUUGAUGCACCACUUUUUAUAACAUGGUAUCAAUGUGUUGUAACAGUUGGAAUUUGUGCUUUAUUAGGAAGUUUAAAUAAACAUAUAACAAUUUUUUCAAAAUUUCCAACAUUUAAAAUUGAUCUUAAAAUUGCACGUGAUGUUCUUCCAUUAUCAGUUAUGUUUGUUGCUAUGAUUAUAUUUAAUAAUUUAACUUUGAAAUAUUUAACUGUAUCAUUCUAUAUGGUUGGUCGAUCAUUAACUACAGUUGCUAAUGUGAUUUUUACAUAUUUUAUGCUUGGACAAAAAACAUCAUUUAAAGCUUUAGCAUGUUGUGGACUUAUUAUUGCAGGAUUCUUUCUUGGUAUUGAUCAAGAAAAUGCACUUGGUACUUUGUCAAUGUCUGGUGCAUUUUGUGGUGUAGCAUCAAGUGUAUUUGUUGCUUUAAAUGCUAUUUAUACAUCACGAUGUUUACCAUGUGUUGAUAAUAAUGUUUGGCGUUUAUGUUUAUAUAAUAAUUUUAAUGCAUGUAUUUUAUUUCUUCCUUUAAUGAUAAUUUUUGGUGAAUUAUCAAUUGUUAUAAAUUAUUCUAAAAUAUUUAAUUUACCAUUUUGGUUUGCAAUGUCAAUGGCUGGUUUACUUGGUUUUUCAAUGGGUUAUGUUACUGGUUAUCAAAUACAAAUGACAAGUCCAUUAACACAUAAUGUAUCAGGUACAGCAAAGUCUUAUGUACAAACAUUACUUGCUGUUGUUAUUUAUAGUGAAACUAAAACAACACUUUGGUGGAUAUCAAAUUUAUUUGUACUUGGUGGUUCAGGUCUAUUUGCACAUGUUCGAGCAACCGAAAUGAAACAGAAUCAUAAUACAAAUAAAAAUAGUGAUAAUAAUUCAACAACAUCUUUACCAAAAUGA